AAUAACAGCGAUCGGUUGUUUAAACUAAAUAUAAAUUGACAAUUUUUCUGGAUAGAAAUCUAAUCCAUUUAUGAAAAUGGCUACAUCUGAACUCAUGGAAUCUGCUAAAUUGAAUGUUCAAGAGAUAAAUUUCAAUGAUAAACUUCUCCCGCCAAGUGAACAAGCAUUGAAACGAUUCAUCUCUAGUUAUUUGCCAUUUUCUCUGAUGAAUUUACAAAAUCCUAAUGUAUUUCAUGCGCAAAAUGAUUUAUCAAGCAUAAAUUGUGAUUCUACGCUAUCAAAGACACUAUCAAUGACUACUACACUACUACUACUACUUCAGCGACAAUAACAUCUCCGUCAAUCAUCACAACGGACAACAGUAAUGCUGUGAAACCGCUGACAGAUGAUACCACCAAUGUCAAGAUGAAAAAUUCUAAUCUCCCGGCAAACUUUUCAUUUCCCUUUAAUACAAAUUCUAACUUGAAUGAGUUUAAAAAUGAUUCGGAUAGCGGAGAUGAAUUGAAAUCGCAUUCUACAAAUCCUUAUAUGAAUUUACGCAAUAAUAAUAAUAAUAAUGAUAACAAUAAUAAUAAUAUUAAAUCAAAUUUGUUGAAUAACAGUCUACCAUCUGACUGGAUGUUAAAUCCUCAGAAGUUAUUCUCUACAUUAAUGAUGGCUAAAGCUAGUAUGCAGAUGGGAACAGAUUUCGAUAGAUAUCAAGCAUUACCGAAACCUUCAAUAUUCGGUAUACCAGAUAAACUACCAGUACAAAAUAUGCCAAAUAAUGAUGAAUAUAAUAAUAUUUCUAAACAAAAAGAGGCUAAACCAUUGUUAUCACCAUCUAACUCAGUUCCAACAACCCAACCACAGCUGUCAAAUAUUCAUGAUGCUAUAAAUACCUCGCCAAACAAAGUGAACAGUAUAGUUGGUUCAACUCACCAAUCCACUUAUGCUACAAGUACACCAAAUAAACAUGUAAAGUGUAAUAAACAAGAAUUGACGCCUAAAUCAUCUUCUACAGAGAGUGUAGAUGGACAAGAUAUUCAAACUGCUUCUUUACCAUUUUCUCCACAAGAAAUAGUCCGAGUUUGUCAAACAUUUGAAGAAGCCGGUGAUAUUGAACAUCUUAGCCGAUUUUUAUGGUCAUUACCAUUGAAUCCAAGUCUAUGGGAAGUGUUGAAUAAGAGUGAAGUAAUUCUAAGAGCUAGAGCGCUUGCAGCAUUUCAUACAAGAAAUUUUAGAGAAUUAUACGCCAUCUUAGAAAGACACAGCUUUCCAAAAUCUUCACAUGUUAAACUACAAGCUUUAUGGCUUGAAGCACAUUAUCAAGAAGCAGAAAAUCUUCGUGGUCGACCACUUGGACCAGUUGAUAAGUACAGGGUAAGAAAGAAGUUUCCUAUGCCUAGAACAAUUUGGGAUGGUGAACAAAAGACGCAUUGUUUCAAAGAGCGUACAAGAGGUCUUCUACGUGAAUGGUACCUUCAAGAUCCUUAUCCGAGUCCAGCUAAAAAACGUGAACUAGCUAAUGCAACUGGGCUAACUGCAACACAAGUUGGUAACUGGUUUAAAAAUCGACGACAACGUGAUCGUGCAGCAGCGGCUAAAAAUCAACAACUCGAGAACUCUGACAGUGAUGUAGAACCUGAUAAUGAAAUAAGUUCAGAUGAUACUGAUCGAAAAGAUACUGAAGACAGAAGAAGGCAUACUUCACGUUCAGAUUCUUCAAGAUUUCAAUCGAAUUUCAAUGUUAAUCGUUUCUGUAUGCCAAUGACUGAGGAGAAAUUAACAAAAGAUAAAUCUGAUCAUUAUGAUAAAGAUGAAUAUGAUAGUGGUAUUAAAUGCAAUAAACUUCAGCACAAUUCACCAUCUCAUGAAGCUGAAAGUGAUAUCUGGUCACAAGGAUCAGAUAAUGACAGUUUUUUAAAUAUGAGAAAAGAACAGAAACGUGAAGCAAACAAUGAAUAUGAUAAUCAAACUCAUUUCCAUUCAAGAUUACACGAAAAUUAUACGAAUCCUAAACGACAGUGUUUCUAUCCUGGAGUAACUGGACUGAAGCAAAAUACACUAAAUCAACCAUUGAAUUUUGCACAAAAUUUAUAUAAUAUUCAAUCAGCUAUGCUGUCCACUGAUAAAGCCGAUGAAUUAAAUUUGAAUUCCCCGCCAAAAAAUAAACCGUUCAAUUUUCCAUUUGAUAUAUUGAAUUUAGGACAAAAUGUACAGCAGAAAAUGUCCACCGCUACAUUACAGAGAUCCGAUUUUCCAUCUAAUGCUUGGAAUAAUGAAAUGAAACCUUCAGACGCUAUUAAUUAUGCUACAAAUGUACCAGCUUCUCAAUUUCUGAACUCUAAUAAUAUCAUGAAUCGACACGAGUAUCCUGUGUCCACUAACUUUGAUAAUAAUAAUAAUAUAUCUAUGAGUGCUGGUUUAAAAUAUUCCAAUUUAAACCCUUUCAAAGUUAUUUCUACAAAACCAAAUAAUGAUCCUCAACUAUCCAACGAUUUAAUUAGACAGUCUAAUCUAACGGAACAUGAUAAAAUGCCUCGUAAUAUGUGUACUUCUGAAAAUUUAUUCCCUCCGAUAUUUCCCCCCCUACCACAAUUCAUAUCUAAUUAUAUUAAACCGUCUGAAUUACCUUCGUUAUUAAGACCAGUGAAAAAUGAUACUAACAUAAAUUCACCUCUCUUCGUUCCACCAGCAUUUAUACCGCCAUCCACAUCACCAAAUAAACCGAUAAAUUUUAAACAACACUACUCUGAUCCAGAGGUUGCUAAUCAUUUCAGUAAGCAAAUGACUGGAGAAAAUCUACUCCCGGAGAAUUUAUCCCAAUUUAAAAAUAACCAUACUAUCAGUAGUAGUUACAACAGUGACAGUACACUGAUAAAUAGUCCACUAUCGUCAACAGCACCAUUUUCUGCAUCGUCUUCACCAUCACUUUAUCUCUGGCAAAAAAUGUUUGAAUGGUAUUCAACCCAAAUACAACAGCAGCAGCAACAACAGCGACACCAUCAUACUCAACCAUUUUUACCAAAAGAUUUUCUUCAGCAUUUACCUCAUACUAACCAUGAAACUGAUAAUAAGAUGUUGAGUGAUCUCAGUAAUAAUAUAAAUAGUAUUAUCAGUCAGCCAUUCACUAAUACAAACAAGCAUAAUGACGAGAAAAGCGGAGGUGACAAUGAGACAGUACCAAUGAGUACUGAUCGGAUUUUAUUUACAAAAACAACAACAACACCAACAACUGAACAAACAGUCGAUCCAGUGUCAUAUUCCCAAACUGAUGAAGCCGCAAUAUCGACAACAACAACAACGACAGCAAGUGAAGACGUACAAGACUCGAAGCCUGUAAAUAGUUUGAAAGAAGAAGAAAAGGUAGGGGAGAAUCAAUGUAAUGUUUCGCCUUCUAAUUACCUUGUCAAUUCAACAGAUGAAAAUAGUAAUAAUUCAGAUGAAUCCUCCUUAGAUAUUUAACCCUAAAUAGAGAUACUUACACACUAUUAAAAAUAUCGGAUCACAGCUACACAGUUUCACAUACUUUCAAGGAACUGACGAUCCUGUUUUCACUUAUUUUAAGCACAUUUUGUUUCAGAAAAUGUGUAUCUAGUAAAUAGUAACCGUGAGAAUUAUGACAAACAUUAUAUCAGUCUUGCUGAUAUCAGCGCCUUCUACAUUCCUGAUCCCCUUUCUAAUGGUAUUGAAAACUACAUCUUAUAUUCUUAUACUUUCAGUUUUCGUGUCGUUCUUUUUUUCUCAGUAGUUGUUCGGUUUACAGUGUGGUGCCUAUCAAUUAAUGGGGAGAAUAAAAAUUUUCUCAACACAAAACGGCGAGUAUAAAAAACAAACACUGAUUUCAAAUACUUUCCUUUAUAGUAAUAAUGCAUUUAAUCUCUAUUGCUUGUUUGUAAAUAAUACGUAUUUUCAGCAAUUGUGUCAAAUAUAU